UAUAUUUUUAUAGCAGUUUCACUACAAUAUAUUUUUCUUGAUGAUCCCAUCUGGUGCUAUGCUUUUAGUAAACAAACUCUAAAGUCCUAGUAUUCAAUUCAAAGAGUUGACAUUUGAUUUUCUAUUCCCUUAAAGCCUGCAUUUUAUUCGUUGGCUAGUGCCAGAUAAUCAUUUCCGAGUCAUACAAAUAUUAUGACCAAGAAGAAGUGCGUUCAGUUCUGAGGGAGGUGUGAAAAUUAGAUGAGAGCAAACAUGGGUUCCUUUUCAACCUUUGUUUUUCUUGUUCUAGGUUUGGUUUUGAAUGCAGCAGUGCUCUGUAAUGGCGGCAAGACUAGCAGCUAUGUGAGGAAGGUUGAGAAAACUGAGGAUAUGCCUCUUGACAGUGAUGUCUUUAGAGUCCCCCCUGGCUACAACGCACCUCAACAGGUUCAUAUAACACAAGGAGAUCACGUAGGCAAAGCUGUGAUUGUGUCAUGGGUGACUCCAGAUGAACCAGGUUCCAAAACUGUGAUUUACUGGAGUGAAAACAGCAAGCACAAGAAAGAGGCAGAGGGCAAAGUCUAUACCUAUAAGUACUACAAUUACUCCUCCGGUUAUAUUCAUCAUUGCACCAUAAAAAAUUUAGAGUUCAACACCAAAUAUUACUACGAGGUUGGGAUUGGACAUACUGUGCGGAAGUUCUGGUUUGUAACUCCUCCUGCAGUUGGUCCUGAUGCCCCAUACACAUUUGGUCUCAUUGGUGAUCUUGGGCAAACUUUUGACUCAAAUAAGACUCUAACUCAUUAUGAAUUAAAUCCAGAGAAAGGUCAAACUUUAUUGUAUGUUGGGGACCUCACAUAUGCAGAUCAUUAUCCAAAUCAUGAUAAUGUCAGGUGGGAUACAUGGGGAAGGUUUACAGAGAGAAGUGCUGCUUAUCAGCCAUGGAUAUGGACUGCAGGGAAUCAUGAAAUUGACUUGGCCCCUGAAAUUGGCGAAACAGAACCUUUUAAAACUUUUACUCACCGUUAUCAUGUCCCUUACCGCGCAUCUAACAGUACCGCUCCCUUCUGGUAUUCAAUAAAGAGAGCUUCUGCAUAUAUCAUAGUCUUAUCUUCCUACUCUGCCUAUGGUAAGUACACUCCUCAGUACCAAUGGCUUGAAGAGGAGCUACCAAAAGUUAACAGAACUGAGACACCAUGGUUAAUUGUUCUUAUGCAUUCACCAUGGUAUAAUAGCUACAACUACCAUUAUAUGGAAGGAGAAACCAUGAGAGUAAUGUAUGAAUCAUGGUUUGUGCAGUACAAGGUUGAUGUGGUAUUUGCUGGCCACGUCCAUGCCUAUGAGCGAUCUGAACGUGUAUCUAAUAUUGCAUACAACAUUACAAAUGGCCUCUGCACUCCUGUGAAGGAUCAAUCUGCCCCAGUAUACAUAACUGUUGGUGAUGGGGGGAACAUUGAAGGCCUAGCAAACAACAUGACAGAGCCACAACCUGCUUACUCAGCUUACCGAGAAGCCAGUUUUGGCCAUGCCAUGUUCUCUAUCAAGAACCGGACUCAUGCUUACUAUAGCUGGCACCGCAACCAUGAUGGAUAUGCUGUUGAAGCUGAUUCAAUGUGGUUCUUCAACAGGUUCUGGGAUCCUAUCAAUGAGUCUCCAUCGUCCCAGUAAUAAUGAAAUCUCCCUUUUUUCCCUUUUCAAAUUCUUGUGUUACCUCUUUGGAAUAAAGUCAUAAACAUAGAAAUCAAAAUUUACAUGUCCGUCAAAUUCAAUAUUUUCUUUUCCUUUCUUUGUGCAUCUCUACCCUUCCAAUAAAUUUAUGCUAAUUAA